AUAGAGCUAGAGGGGGCUAACUAGCUGGCUGCAUAAGUGCAAUCCUCAACUACAGCUGCAUGCUGUGACUGUUCUGUUUUCACACUUGUAUCUACUUUGCCUAACUUCGCUGUUUGGGUGGAAGAAGUCAUUGUGGAAAAAACCGGAUCAGAGUCUGCUGAAAUCCUACAAGUUUGUUUUUCAACGAACAUAAAGCAUGUCUAAAAACACCGGGAGAACCCAGUUUCGGAAUGUUGACGUCGACCAAUUUGACGAAAACAACUUUCAAGAUGACCAAACAGACGAGGAAGUGAAGGGACCGGAUGAGGCUGAAGUGCAGAACUUUCUGAGCAAAAAGAACUAUGAAGAUGCAUUGAAAGCUGUGUUAAGAAAUCCUCCAAUAGGCUCCAAGAAUCAAGCUGUUAAGGAUAAAGCCUUCAAUCUUGUCAUGAGGGUGCUAACAGCUUUUAAAACCACUGAUGUCGAGAAAGUAGUGAAUAGCCUGGAUAAUGAUACCAUUGACAUUCUCAUGAAGUAUAUCUACAAGGGAUUCUCAUCUCCAACAGAAAACAGCAGUGCCAUUUUACUGACAUGGCAUGAGAAGGUAUAUGCUGUUGGUGGUCUGGGAACUAUUGUAAGAGUGCUUACUGAUAGGAAAGGCAUCUAAUUGUGCAGAGUCCAGAUUUUUCAGCUUUAUGCAGUGGCAAGAUAAUUGAUAAAUAAUGUAUGCAUGUAUGCCCAUGUAUAAACAAAUUUUGCUAUAGCCCGAAACAUGUACUACACGUGCACACGUAUACUACUAUAUCCUAUGUGUUUUUUUUGGUAGUUCAUGUUUUUGUUUUAUUUCUAUAGUUUUAUUUAUUAAUUUCACUGAUCAAGGCUGAGGCAAACUGAAAGAAAGGGAGCUCCAUUAAUUACCCCAGAAAACAUUUUUUUAAGGAGUUUUUAAAGAGCCGCACCACUAAAAACAAUACGUGUAUAUUGAACUCACAUUGGAUCUAAAAGGUUUUAUGCAUUGGUGUUUGUUUACCGGUUAAAGUAAAAAUGCACAACUAAAACUCUUACAUAAAUUUCAACCAUGGUUGAAUUUUGAUAAUACAUUUCAGCAUGCACAAAUAAUAUGACAAACAUUUCAAAAAAAAUAAGGUAAAUGAAAAUAAGCUUUCACUUGCACAAGUUUUUUUAAAUUUACUUCUUUAUUCAGAGAGUUGUGUGACCUUUUACUGAACUUAUCUUUGGCACUUAUGUACAUGUAUAGAUGCUUCAUGCUCAUACAAAUCAUCAACUUGAAACAUUAUAUUCUGUAAUACUGUUGAACACUUCAAGCAAGCACUGAUAGCUUUCACAUACCCCUCACUCUCACUUGCCCUUGGGCAAAGCUUGCCCUUGUAACUGCUCAGGAAAUAGUACUUUGUUCGCUUAAAAUUAUGUUAUGAUAAAGGGUUUCCUGAUUGAUUCCCCUUCAGGUUGGCAUUCCCUUUUAUACAUUGAACAUUUAAUAUUAUAAGAUCAUUUUGAAUAAGAUGGACAUUUAUACUCAAGUGUUUGUUCAAAAUAAUAAAAACAGACAAGGAAAAGUGUAGGUGUAAACAAAAAAAUGCCAUAGGAAAAUCAUUGCGAUAUAAAUGACUUGGCAAGUACAUUACAGUACACAGCAAAGUGAACUAUAGUAGAGUUGUCAGCCUGUAAUGCACUUAUUUAGGUUUAAUAAUUAGGACUUAUUUAGGUUAAAUAAUUAAAUAAAUUUAUUUACGCUUCAACAACCAUGACCACAGUGAAAAGGCUUUGUGGCAAUCCAAAACAACUGUUUACAUAAGUUUUGUGAUUACAUUCUCAACAACAUAUUAUGUUCAUGAUCAUAAAAUGAUUGCAAAAACAAAAUCUCAAUCAUGUAAAGCCCCAUCAAAUAAAACUCCAUAUGGGCCCACAAAGGUCUCGAAAUAUUGAGACUUGCACAGUCUAUACCAACCACGUACAAUGUCUUGGUGGGCUUCAAUUCUACAACUGUUAAUUAAAUCCCCCAUGUAGAAAGGAAAGGUAGAAAUUUAAUCUGAAAAUGCCCUCUAAUUGCUAAACAUUUAAUGGACUUACAUACCGAAUUUAAUUGAAUUAUUUAAACAAAAUCAGUUACACCGUGUACACAAACAAAAUAAAUGUUUACAAUGCAGAUAUGAAAACCCUGUUUUAUAGAAUGUCAAAAACCAGUGUGUAGUAGUUUGAAAGUGUUCAAAUUGUUUUAUUAGUCAGGCAGGAAAAUGUAAGGACAAUUUCGACCAAUUUUAUUUCUCUAUGUAUCACUUAAUUUGCUAGAUGAUGAGGUAGCAUGAUUUAUGUAUUAUACAAGUAAAGUAAUCUGCAUCGCUGAGGUAUAAUGACUCACUCUACAUGUACUUAUUCCAGAGUUACUUUUGAAAUCCACUUUCAUGUAGGUGAAUACAUGCUUUAUUAGACUGAUGAA